GCUGUUUUAUUCUUUCACGACUUCACAAGGGCAUCAGUCAGAGUGGCACAAACAAGAGGAACUAGAUUUUUGGAACUUCCCAGAUGCAAUCGAAUGUCGCAGGCGUGGAGCUUGCAACAAGAAAAAUUUGAGUACAGCAUUCCAAACCUAGAAAAUCGUGUUUGGAACCUUGUCCAGAUGCUUGAGAGGAGAAGGAUUUGUAGGGAAGGUGCAGAAGAUGCCGUAGAAGUCGUAAUAGUGUCAAGGAGAUGUCCUGGAAUUGAUGUUGAGAUCCCAGCCUAGCUGUUUGUUGUGUAAGAGCCACACAGGAUUUGCAACAGAUUGAAUCACCAGCAAGGGAAAACCCGAGAGCACGCAAGAGUAACGUAGACAGGUAGAACGGGGAAGGCUUAAUCGUGUUUUUCUUUGUUGUUGUCGAGGAGAACGUGAUGAUGAAGGACGAGGUGACAACUCCUUGCGACUCUGCACAUGCUCCACAAACGGACUUGGUACAAAAGUUACAGGAAGAGUUCGCGGGCAUUGCUCUAGAUCCAUCUUCCAAUGGCUCCGACGUUUGCGAGUGCGACACUGCGAAUGCGCCGAUGCCUAUCACCGCGAUUCCCACUGAGAGACCUGAAAAUAUGAUUUUGUUUGGUGGGGCUAUCACCUGCAGCUUCCCUCGCAGAUACACAGACAUGUUUUCAUCAAAUAGUGGUUUGAUGAUCUAUCGCAAUCUCUCGCAGGAUGUGAGUGACGUUCGGGAAGUACCCAACAAUCAGGAAGCCUUCGUGGAUGCCAAUCGGGAUGAAAGCUUCAUUGUUGAGCUUUUAGAGCUUAAGGAGAACGUCACUGAUGCAGGUAGCGCCCGCUGGUUCUUGGAAGAUCUAACCGUGGAGCAAGCAUCUGAGAACAGUCUGGUUGUGGAAGAGGAGAAUAGUGUACCUGCAGCCAACGUUCCCAAUUUGGAUGCAAACACCACGGUCAAUGCUGUGAUUGGCACUAUGGCUGUUGCCAAGGGUCGCCAAGGUCCCGAAGCUUCCAAUGUUGUGCGGGUAUACUUGGCGAAUAUCCGAUUGCGUGUAGUGGGAACAGAUAUUCUUGUUAUUGUUUACGAGCCUCUUGUUAUCAGUGAACACAGCGAAAGCGCUCAAGCAGUGGGAGCAGGUGCGACCGUGCCAGCCCUUCAGGCAGGACUUAUGCCAGCUGCCGACGUAUUUAAACAAGUUCUUUUCACCUUCAAUGUACACGACUGGAGUCUAUUUGGCUCUGCAAAUGAAUAACGGGCUCAAAAAUACUGGUGUUCUCUCCAGCGCGGGUGCUGACCGAGGUUCUCCACGUUCUUGUGCAUCGGUUGGCUCUUUUAUGAUCUGUUUGCAAGACGGCCUAUCCCUCCUUGCAAGCACCGCAACUAUUCCCAAUGCAACACAAGUUGCCCAUCUGUCGUAUACGUCUUGUCGAAAAGUGUCUUCUUACAGAGAAUCUGUCGGUAGUUGUUUCGCUGGACCCCUAGUCUUUAUGUCAAUCAAAAGAACGAGAGGGCGGUCUUGCUUGCGUGCAUCUAGACAGUGUGUGCGACGAGAACUGCUCAGUCUGGGUUUACCGCCUAUCUUGUGUUUAUACAGCCAAUAUUUGAUUCAUACUCUUUGGUUGAUGUGAAUCUUGCACCUGUCAAGGAGUCUGGAUGAUUCUAUUUAA